UUCAAGAAAUUUUUUUUAAUUAAGCAAACAAUUUGAAAACCGUCUCGAAAUUCAAGUGAGCUUUCAAAGUUUCUACAACGACUGCGAUCCGAACGAACGUCGCGAACACUGAAGCGCGAAGGAAGACAGAAAGGAGGCAGGAGGCAGGAGGCAGGAGUGGCAACGGAUCUCAGCAGCCGGCUCUGCAUGCGACGCCAACGAUGCACUGGCAGCAGCUGCUCAAGCAACUAUCGAACCACAUCGUCUUUCGCGGCCUGCACCACGCAUUCAUCGCCGUUCAGCUGCGCGACGAGCUGUGGAAGACCUCGGCCGGACGCCGCAGCCAGAAGAUGCGACCCUUCACGCUCUGGCUGACGCACAUACUGCUGAGCUAUGCGGGCGACAUCCUGGUCAGCCUCCUGCUGGGCAGUCUGCCGCUGGAGCCACUGAACAACGCCCAGGAUGUGGCGCUGUGCACAGCCGCCUGGUACAUCGUCUUCUACAGCCCGUUCGAUGUGGCCUAUGCCGUGGGCCGCUCGGCGGCCUGCCGCUGCCUGGUCGCACCGGUCACGGCGCUCAACCAGGUGCUGCACAUCGAGCGGGGCGUGCAGCUGGCCACCAAGAUCUAUGGACGAAGCGCCACGUUGCCCAUUCUGAUAAUUGGCACUGUAAUAGGCAGCGGAGCCGAGUUCCUGAAGCCCGUCGCAGCGCUGCUCAUCAAUCGAUGCCAGCUGCAGAAUGUCGCCUAUGUGAAGCUGAGCACCAACUCCAAGCUGGCGCUGCUCGUUACCUGGCUCUACCUGGUGCAGCUGAACCACAGUCGCCUGCUGCUCGGCCUGAGGCGGUGUCAGCUGCAGCUGUGCGUGCUGCUCGCUCUGACGAUCUUCCGGAUACUUGCGGUAUUCCAUCGGAUGGACCACUUCAUCUGGCAGCUGGAGAAUCGCUUGUGCUACGCGCUCUUCGGCGGCCUCAAUGCGGACUUAAACAAGUUUUUCAAACGAAAAAUUGCGCUGGCACCGCGCACAUCGUUUUCAAAACUUGAUUGAGCCUGCAUGUGGAUCACAUUUGUAUAUCAUAUAUCGUUUACCUGAUAUGUACGUAU